GGAUUGUCAUCGUCGCUGUCAUGUUUCCCUUCGAAACUUUCACUUCCCAUCCAUACAGCAAAAGUUGGCGAGUGACUCUCUUUCCUACCACUCUCUUCAGCUUAGUUGACUCGUCGACGCCACCGGCUCUCCUUCCGCAGGCUGAAUUCAGAGCCUGCGCCCUGCCGAACAGGGUGCAGGACUUUCCUCCGAUAGAAGCGAGGGGAGUCCGCCCGUUGCAGCUGACACGGGUGAUGCCCGGCGGGGAGAAACUCAGUUCCGUGUCUGGGAAGAGACGGUAGAUCACACGUAGUGAGUGCAUGCUUUUGACGUGUGGAACAGGUUUUUUAUGCUCCUCUGUCUGUGAUAGCCGCUCCCACAGGUAAUUCCAAAGUCCAUCUUUGCAGGUUAUAUAUAUACAUUUAUAUAUUUAUAUUUAUAUCAACGAACGAACGUUCAUCAGAGCAUAUCGGACACAUUAGAGUCGAGGAGGAAAGGAAUUGGAAAUAUGAGGAAGCGUAGUCGGAAAAUUGUGGCCAGAAUCAUUGGCCGUCUAUGGCGUCUGUUUCGCAGGUGGCUCUUUUUGAUGUUCUCCUUUGGCCCCAUGCCGCAACACAUUGCGUUCAUCCUGGAUGGGAAUCGCAGAUACGCCAAGAAACAUAACCUCAAGAUGGGCGCCGGUCAUACCGUCGGUUUCAACUCUCUUGUCGCUGUUCUUCGAUACUGCUAUGAGUUGGGCGUGAAGCAGGUAACCGUGUAUGCUUUCAGCAUCGACAACUUCAGGCGGAAACCGGAGGAGGUUAAGGGCCUUAUGGCGUUGAUGAAGGAGAAGAUCGAUGAGUUGUUGGAUGAAGACACCAUCGUACACAAGUUCGGAUUGAGGAUCAACUUCUGGGGAUGCCUGCACAUGUUGAGCGAGCCGGCGAGGGCGGCGGCCGAGAGGGCGAUGGCGGCCACCGCCAAUAACACUGGACCGGUUCUCUCUGUCUGCGUUGCCUACACUUCCACUGACGAGAUCUUGCGUGCCAUCAAAAAAUCGUGCUCGAAAAAGACAGCAGAGGGGUGUCUCAGAUUCACUGGCGAUCCAGUUCGCGACGGUGCAUGCGGUGCCAUCGCUGUGGCUGAUCUGGAAGAGAACCUUGACAGCGCCGAUUGCCCGGACCCUGACAUCCUCAUCAGGACAUCAGGGGAGACUCGGCUCAGUAAUUUUCUGCUGUGGCAGAGCACGUUGACCCACUUGCAGAACCCGCUUCCUCUAUGGCCUGAGUUCUCGCUGAGAAACCUGAUCUGGGCCAUCCUGGAGUACCAGAGGGUCUACCCUUACUUGGAAGCAAGGAGACGUAGUCUGGCCAAGAAGCAUAACUAAACCUCAUUAUUAUGAUGCUUUGCUUUCGACCGAUGAAUAAGUAAUAAACCACCUUACAGCAUGUAACUCAUCACAACUCAAAACUACUGCUAUAUGUAUCGCACAUGAAAGAAUCAAAUGGAGAUACAGCUGAUGACGGUGAUUGUCGCGCAAA